AUGCUGCUCCUCACCACUCUCCUCAGCUUCCUAGCUUACACUUGCAUCAUCAACGCUGGACCCAUCCCCGACGCCCAACCCGAACUGAUCGUUCGUCAAAACGGUCUCGACUUUGUCCAAAACUACAACGGCAAUGCUGCCAACUUCAAAUCCAACCAGGCAGCGGGCACCUACUCUGCCCAAUGGAAUGGCAACACCGACUUUGUCGUAGGACUAGGCUGGAAGACUGGCGCAGCUCGCACCAUCAAGUACUCAGCAACCUACUCAGCCUCGGGCUCCGGCUCCUACCUAGCCGUAUACGGCUGGGUGAAUUCCCCACAAGCCGAAUACUACAUAGUAGAAUCCUACGGCUCCUUCAACCCUUGCUCCAACGGCGUGACGCAACUCGGAAGCGUCACUUCCGAUGGAGGCACCUAUACCGUUUGUACGGAUGUACGCACCAAUCAGCCUUCCAUUACGGGGACGAGUACUUUUACGCAGUAUUGGAGUGUUAGACAAAGUCAGAGGACGGAGGGAAGUGUGACUGUUGGAAAUCACUUUGCCGCGUGGGCGAAGCAUGGGUUUGGGAGUUCGUAUAAUUUUCAGGUCUUGGCUGUUGAGGCUUUCUCGGGGAGUGGGACGGCUAGUGUGACGGUGUCGUAG